GGGAAACACCGUUAGCCUAUUCUAAAGUCAACAUAGGAUUCUCAGUACAAGAAUUUCUUUAUAUUAACCGUCUAGGGUUUAAAUGCAGUUAAAACAGAUUAAUUGAAACUCCUUUGAUGAAAGGCAUGAAAACACCCUGCAAUAAUCCAAAUUGAUAUGGGGGAGAAGAUUUAUAUCCGUGGUUGGCGUGAUGGUGACCAUGGUGAUAUGAAAAUGCCAUUAGUUUCCAGUGCUGUGUUGUUCGUAACACGAUAUUGUCAAGCAGAUCAUUUUAAUGUAUAUCUCGUUAAAACAUCAGAGGAGGAAGAAAAUGAUAACGUUAUCACUGUAAAUUCUGAUAUAAUAAAAGAUCUUCGGUAUGAGUUUAUUAAAGAGAAUGAUGUCCCUUGUUUAGUGAAGAAUUGUAUUUUACCCGUAACUGUAGAUGAAAGAACAUCCAUGAUACGCUGUGGUUUAUGUGGAACAGUCAGACAUAUUGUUCAGUCUUCUCACACGAAAAAUCCUGGUGAAAAUUUUAAAGAUUUAUUGGGUUUUCGACAAGGUAGUCUACGGAUGUGUGCUGAGGUGUCAGGUUGGACGAAAUUAUGUGAAAUAGAAUUACCCAGCAGUAUUUACCAGUUGAUCACAUUAAUCAGGAAUAGAGUGAUAGAUGACAAGGAAGAAGUAGAGAUACCGGUGAAUCUGAUGAAACUGGAAAUGCAUUUUGAGAAGCCGCCAAAGAUUCACAAUGAUCACAAAUUAAAGAAAGCCUUGUUGGUUAAAAACAGGGAGCAGAUCCUUAAUCCAGAAUCGGGCACACAGUUUUUAGAAAAUGACUGUAAAAAAGGAAGCCAGUUUUUAAUCGAAUGUGACAUUACGUUACCCCAUGGGUUACAGAGGUACAGAGUUUAUAAAAAUGUCAAUAAUACACUUUAUUUAAAGAGUGAUCGUGAUUACAGACGAGAAAAGGCAAGGAAAGAAAAAGUUCCGCGUAAUCCAGAUAGACCGAUAACGAAACCUCGUACUAGAACCGAUGAAGAAAAGGCUGCACAAAAAAGAGCCAAGAAAAAAAGACGGAAAGAUAGAGAGACAGCUAAAUAUUUAGAAGAAAUUUCUUUGGAACGAGAAAAAAUUAAUAGUAAUAGCAACAAUCUCGAGAAGGAAUUCCAGGAACUGUCCGUAAAUGAUUCCAAUGACAUUCAGCAGGAACUGUUAGAACCACAUACAAAUGAAGAAAUUAGGAAUUGUUUUAAAACAAUAUCGACUUUAGAUAUAGAAUUUAUACAUCUUUAUUCUGAAGGAUUAGAAAUGACCGUAGCAGAUCUUAUUUUGUUUGUAUAUUGUUAUUUUUUAAUGCAAAGUUUAGAAUUCAGCAUGGGAGAUCUAGGACAAUAUUUACCACACAUAGAGUCUUGGUUUGAUCACAUGAUGACAUUACCACGGUUACAAGAAGCCGCUAAAUCAUGUGGUUUCAAUACCGUUAAAAUAUUAGAUUCCCUACCUACCAUUACUAAUGAUAUACAGUUUAUAAAACCAUGUUUACCAGUUACACUUGAAGAUGAAAUGGAAUUAAAUCGUAGAAAUAAAACGAGUGUCCGAGCUAUAAAACCAGAAUUAACAGAAGCUCUCAACUUAAUUCAGAAUGGUUGUAUAGAUGUUAUAUUGGGGGAACAUCCAAGACGAGAACAAGUAGAGAUAGACUGGUCGUCCCUGCCUACUAGCGCUCAUCCACAGGAUGGUGAAGUACCUAAGAAGAGAAUAGAAAGAAAAUGUCAACAAUUGGAGAAUUUAGUCACAGCAGUGGUAGAAAUAGCUAAAGAUGGGGAUGUUAUAGUUGACUUCUGUAGUGGUGGGGGUCAUCUAGGAAUUGUGAUAGCUUAUCUUUUACCAAAGUGUAAGAUAUAUUUGAUAGAGAAUAAAGAAGAAUCUAUAGAACGGGCAAGAAUUAGAUUAGAUAAUUUACAGUUGACUAAUGUUGUUAUAUAUCAGUGUAAUCUGGGAUAUUUUCACGGCCAGUUUAGUAUAGGUGUCUGUUUACAUGCUUGUGGUGUUGCUACAGAUAUGGUUCUACAACAAUGUUUAGACAAUAAUGCAGCUUUUGUUAUCUGCCCUUGUUGCUAUGGUAAUAUUGUACGCACACAUCAAAUCAACUAUCCUAGAAGUAGUAAAUUUAGAAAUGCUGGUCUUAGUUAUAAGGAUUCACUGACGUUAGGUCAUGCAGCAGAUCAAACUGAGUUUAAUAUAGCACUAGCAGGUCAAGGUUGUUAUUGUGCUAAUCUAGUGGAUACAGAUAGAGCUGAACUCGCCCGUGAACAGAAUUACACCGUUUCUUUAUGUUCCUUAAAGCCUUUAUCUUGUACCCCUAAAAAUAAUCUCCUAAUAGGUACACCAAAUUAAUACACAUGAUAGAAAAUCAAUCAGUGCUUGAAUUGUGUUCAUAGUAAAAAUGAUUGACAAGAAGCAUUAUUUACAUAUUUUUAUAAUCAAGAUGUUGAUUUGAUUUUAAUGAUAUAUGUUUAUUUUAUUUUUAUAUGUUCUCUUGUCUUAUACAGUUCAACUAAUACUUGUCUUUUGUUUGUUAUCUGCCUGGUUGAUUGCUUAUGUUUUAUACUUUUACAGGGGGUUGGGUUGUGUAGUUUUUGAACACCCCAGUUUGUUUUCUUGGUUUCCUACCACUGCUAAAGACACCUACACACACAAAUUAUUGAAACAGAAUUGUACCAUAUGUUAGUCCCAAAAUUACCUAGUUUGAGUUAAGUGGACACGAUUAUCUAUUAAACACAUUGUAAAUAAAUAUAUUAAAACUAUUAAGAGUGAAGUCCUGUGAAUAAGUGUACUGAUGGGAGUGAGUGCCAGUCUAGAAAUGGAUGUUAAUCUAUUUGUAUGAUGCCAUAUACUGUCAUAAAUUGAUGCAAUAAACUUUUUAAAGAUAAA